CGGAGUCUCGGAAUCAGUCUGCUUUUGUGUCGCCUUGUGGCAGGUCGCAGGUCGCAGGUCGCAGGUCGCAGCAUUUUGUGGCAGCAGGCAAAGGCGAAAAGGCUUCGACACGAAAAACACGCAUACGCCCCGUUGUGCAAGUGCGCGAGUGCAAAGUGCGAAAGGCGAACUUUCCGUUGGCGAUUUGAUUUCGAAAAGUGCGCUAAAAGGAAAAGGCGUUGCCUCUGCCCCAGAAGCCGAGAAGAGCUCCUGCGUUUUUGUUUUUGGAAGUCAAGGUUUGGCCACGGAUGCGGAAUGCGGCCAAGCCAUAAAUUGUAAUUAAACAAGGCCAACUAGAGACAGCGAAGCGAAACUUUUCUGGCCAACGAGCCAAAAACACGACGAUUUCUUUUAUUUAUUGGUAGUGCAGGGUUGUUUGCUCUUCAUUGAAACAACAAAAUGCCAGCAGGACGAGUGGCUGGCAAAGCCGGCUACUCAAAUCACUAUUACAAUGGUCGCUCCUAUGUGGGCAUCAACGAGGAGAUCAUGUGGGUGAGUAUCGGGAUGGGCGUGACCAUCGCCCUCCUGAUCACGAUCGCCCUGUGCUACAUAGCCCGGGAGAAGUGCCAGAAGCGGCAGAGGGAGUACUACGUGACGGCAUAGUUGUUGUAUGCGGCCU